UACAAUCCCGUUCUCAGUUGUAUCGUUAUUUCAAUACUUCUCGGCUUCUCGCGCCGUUCUCCGACAAUUCAUCGUUCUCUUUACCAAGUUUCACGUGUUGACAAUGAAAGGAGCGGGUAAGUUUGAACCGAGUUCGAGUAAAAUAGUUUUCGAGGACAGUGAAGAAGAUGAAAAAGCGCUCUCGUGUUCUUCUGUGUCUUCUUCUGAUGAGGAAGACGAAACAAAAAAUGAGUUAACAUUGGAGGAAAUACAUAAAUUGCGGGCUGAUGGAUCUCGUGCAGCUCCCUUGAAACCAUUUCAAGUGAAGAAAACGAGUCGUGCAAACAAAAACAGACCAAUGGAGUUAAGCUCGAAAAGACCCGUGAGUCGAUAUAGAGAGGUAGUCCAAGUUCCAAAGAAGGUGGUUCGCGAUCCUCGAUUCGACUCAUUGAUUGGAAAAGUUGACCCUGAGGGGUUUAGGAAGCGAUACAGUUUCUUCUUCGAGGGAAAACUUCCUGCAGAAAGAGAGGAACUGAAAAAGCAGCUAAAGAAAACAAAGAAUCCAGAAGAGGUCAACGAAUUGAAGGACCGGUUAAAUUAUGUUGAGAAAAUGUUGAAAUAUGAGCCAUCAUCAACUUAUAGCAAAGGAAAAGCAAUACUAACAGAACACAAAAAGAAAGAACGCGAAGCCGCAAAGGAGGGGAAAAAGCCUUACUAUCUCAAAAAAUCGGAAAUCCGAAAGCAAACACUCAUUGAGAAGUACAACAGUCUCAAGGAAUCUGGGAAGCUUUCAUCGUUUCUUGACAAGCGUAGGAAGAAGAAUGCAACAAAGGAUCACAGGUACAUGCCCUAUCGUCGAGCCGAUGCCUGAGAGUAAUAGAGAGAGACAAUUCUGCUUUCAGGCCGAUCGUUUACACCAUGAUGGGCUUUAUGGCAGUCGCUGUGAUGUAUUAGUACUAAAAUUUAUGCCGAGAAUAAGCCAAAUGAGGCUUUACUAUUUUUUGUUCUUUUUUGCGUUAUUUAAAGCCAAAUCCGGUUCAAAUGCUGCUUCGUUGUUGAUGGUUCUUAAUGAUACGAUAGACUCUUGAAGGUUCAGAGGGUUCGAAUCUA